UGUCGAAAUUAAUCGAAGAUGAGCAACUUGUCAACCAACCCCUGGAAUUUGACGUGUCACCGUGUCUUUCCAGAGAGACUGAGGGUGUCGCCGAACUACGCUUCAGAAUCGGCUCUACGGAAAUAUUCGACAAGACGCUGGAGCAAUACUAUGAAAUUGAGCAACAGCUAGGAUCCCUGCGUGAACGUCUUCGCCCGCUAAAGUUCAAGCUAAAACAUUUGAAAAGCAGAGAGGUUUUUCUUGAAAUGCUUUCUGAGUGUUAUGACCAAUCUUUUGGCUAUGAUAAACUGGUACAGAGAGUCAGUCAGAUUGAAUCUCAAGCCGCAAUAUUUCAUUCCUAUUGUCAUGAAAAACAGCGUCUUCGACGCAGUAAUGCAGAGCUCGCCCAGGAGCUCGAUUAUGUUAUCAACAAAAUUGUCAGCUGCCAACUCGACCAUAUUGGCCAUUGUCCCUCUUUACAAAAUUCACCUGAAUUAAAGCGUGUAUUAACUGAAGAACCCCCGUUACCUGAGAAGUCAGUCACUCCAAGCACCCUAAAUAAUGCUGAAUGGGUGCAACAACGCCAAGAGCUUCGCAAUCGGAUCGAACAGCUGGAAAUGCGUGUUAAUGAACUGCAACAAUAUCAACGUGCUAUUGUUUCUAUUUCCGGAUUUGAUUUGCUGGCCAUGUCCGACACAAGCGCCACUUUCAAAUUCGUACUCCCUUCUCAAAGUGAAUUCCCGGAGUUAUAUAUUGAAUGGGACCAAAAACAAAAACUGACCCGUAUUUCUCUGAAUUUCAGUAAUACGGCAGACAAAAAUCCUUCAGACUUUCCUUCUAUCGAUGACAUCAUACGAUUGGUUAUUGCCAAUCAGUCACUCACGUUCCUCUUUCGAGAGGCCGCCCGUCGCUUCGCUUGCUUCUAUCAACUUAAAUCACAACUUCAGUCGCUCGAACAAGUCAUCAAACAGAAAGGACGUCUGAGAAUUCAGUGGAAAACACGAGAGAGUCGGCUCAUAGUGUACAUGGAUGAUUUUAAUUGUACGGCAACCAUCCAAGUGCCCAUUGAAUGUCUCGCUCCCAUUAGGCUUCUCAGCUUCAAACGAAAUGACAAAGACGUCGUCACCGAUCAGCUGUGCUUUGACUUUAUCAGACCGAGUCAACAAGGCCGAUGUCACGAUUUAGAACAAAUCAUCGACAGAUUUCUGAUAUGUGCCGUAAACGAACAAUGAAUAGCCGGAACGCGCUCAUACACACAAACCUCCGAUCUCCACAUCAACUUCCAAAAUAAAAUUUGGCAAACACAUCUCUUUUUUGGAGCCUCUCCGAUCAUGUUCAAAAACACAUCCGUUUGAUUUCCUUUUCGAUAAAAUUAGCGACCAGCAACUGAUCCAAAACCAUCGUCAAUUAUGUAUACAACAAUCUAAUCCAUCACACUUUUACAAAUGACGGAUGAAUUGACGUCGAAUCUCUGACUUCAAUUCGCACAUCGGUCACAACAUCCAGCAGCAUUUGGACGGCCUCUUCACCAUGCUCUUCGGUGUUCUUACGAAUUUUUUCUAUAACGGUCUUAGUAUCCUCAUGAAGCUUUUGGUUGUACUUUUCAAUUUCCUUCGACAACUGCGCAAAAAAAAAAAUACUUAGUACAAAAAAAUAAACCUCCUUCUACACAAAAA